GCAGUGUCCUCGCUGCUUCUCGCGUUCUUCCCGUCGCACCCUCUCGCAUCCGCGGUUGUGUGCAUGCGGUUCGCUUCAACGCUAACCCGUAAACUGGAUAUCUGAAAUCUCUCUUUUCACGCUCCUUGAUCCGACCUUCUUUCUGCCUGUGAUGUCUGGAUUGCUGUCGUCUCUGUUUGGCCAGGGGGCCUCCGCAACGUCCGCGGUCGCGGACACUUCCGUCUCGUCUGCGGCCCAGACGACCUCCUCAUCCUCCCCUCCAGCGGAGACGUCUUCCAGUCCUACUACAACGAGUACCCACUCCACGACCUCUACUUCACCAAGCACCACCUCAUCUACACCCUCCACUACCACCCAUACAUCAACGACGCCGACAUCGACGUCCACUCCGCCCUCCAGCACUUCUCCCGCUUCCUCGACACAAAAUACCUCCGCCUCAAAUACCAAUAAUACCACAUCUUCCCCUUCCGCAUCAAACACCUCUGCUGCUUCGUCCUCAGGGCAGUCGACGUCCACACCAACUUCCCCAGCCAAUGGCUCCUCUACUGAUGGAGGCGUCACGAGCACGCCGACCGACACUGGCGCGAGCGCAACCUCUGCUUCGCCUACGUCGUUCGUCACUUCGUCGUACCAGACCGUCGUCGAUGGGCGGACAGUAUACGUGACUACUCAGGUUCCAGCCGCCACCUCGUCAGCGAACAGCGAUGCCACCAGUGGUUCCAAGACGUUCUGGCAGCAGAAAGGAGCCGUCGGAGGUGUCUUUGCCGUCGUCGGUGUGAUUAGCCUCGUGAUCAUCAUCGCCAUCAUCACCAGCGCCAUCCGCAGGCGGCGCGCCAAGAAGUUCGACGAAGACGCGGCCGAAGCCGCCGCAGAGGCUGCCAACGCGCCCGUCCCCGACUUCAACGACGAUGACUACGGCUAUCCGGAAGACCGCACGAAGGACUACGCUGAGCGCGGCGGUUACUCGGACACAGCGAGUCACGGAACGUAUAACCAGCCUCCCAUGCAGCCCGGCGAGAGUUACAAUAUGAGCGAGCUCCCACCAUUUGAUCCGUUCGCCGCUAUGGGCAAUUCUAACGAUCCAUACUCGGCUGCUGGUGCUGCUGGCAUCGGUGCGCUCGGCGUGAACCGUGCACGGAGUCUCGGACAUAACAACGCUACCGCGCCGUAUCAGGCGUUUGGGCAGCCUGUGUCGGUACAGAACCCGUACUACGAGACGCCUAUGCCCGCGGGCGGUUACGGUACACAGAUGCAGAGCGCGCCUGCCGGCCCCGGAAACAAUGACCUUCUCACUGCUGCAGGACUCGCUGGUGCUCCAGUUCCAUCGCAGUACCCAUCCGGGCAAGAGCCGAAUCUCAACCGGAACAGGAGCCUCGGCGCCGCCACCAUGGGCGGCAUGAGCUCCGCCUCCGAGUACAGCUCGACUGCCGCGCCGUCCGCGUACGCUGCGUAUCAAAUGGGACCGACGUCCAACAGUGGACACGGGCAGCCCGCGGCGCGCCCGGUGUCAGGGUACAGCGGCUACGGCCAGCCUAGUGACGGACUCCACGGCGAGGCGCCGCGCCUGCUCUCGGGCAACUUUAGCUCGCCUGAGACGUCUGCCGAGAAUGGGUAUGAGGAGGACGAGCGCGCGGAGCCGGCUGCGUGGCAUGGGCAGGACGAGUCGAGGAUGAGUCUGCGCGAUUCGCAAGAUUAUGGGUAUGGUGGGGGCCGGAGGGUGCUUAAGGUUGCAAAUGAAUAGAUGUGGUCUCUCAAACAUGUGCAACUGGCUCGGUUCGGCUCGGUAUCCCGCAGGACCCUUCGUCAGCUUCACCCCCCGUGCCUACCUAGUUUAUUUAUGCUUCCCGCCGCUCAGAGAGCGGCUGCUUUGGACUCGCUUUUGAGGCUCUCAGAUCGUUGCUCGCUCGCUCGCUUUUCGUGUCUUACCGUAGCGUUUUCUCCUUAGUGUCCCGCUCCCGCUCCCGCUUUCGCCCUCCAUCACAGUACGUCAGGACUUUGUUAAUCUUCGUUC